CGCUCCUGCCGCCCGGCGGUCCCGCCGCUUCUCCCGCUGCCGCUGCGGGACGCGGGUCAGGGCCAUGUCCCGAAAGCAGACGGUGGCGAGGAGCCGGCCGGGCAGCGGCAGCCGGAAAGCCGAGGCCGAGCGCAACAAUUGCCUGUUCAGAGCCCUUGGUGAUCAACUGGAGGGACACUCACGAAAUCAUCUCAAGCACCGACAAGAGACAGUAGACUACAUGGUAAAGCAGCGGGAGGAUUUUGAACCCUUUGUAGAAGACGACAUUCCUUUUGAGAAGCAUGUGGCCAGUUUGGCAAAGCCUGGUACUUUUGCUGGCAAUGAUGCAAUUGUAGCCUUUGCAAGAAAUCAUCAGUUGAAUGUGGUGAUUCAUCAGCUUAAUGCCCCUUUGUGGCAGAUUCGGGGUACAGACAAAAGCAGUGUGAGGGAGUUGCACAUUGCCUAUCGCUAUGGAGAGCACUAUGACAGCGUUCGGAGGAUCAAUGACAACUCAGAAGCACCUGCGCAUCUCCAGACUGAUUUUCAGAUGCUUCAUCAAAGUGAAUCAAAUAAGAAAGAAAAGAUCAAGACAAAGGGAGCUGACUUUGAAGAUGACUUGAGAGAUGAAGUAGAGGAUGCUGUUCAGAAAGUCUGCAAUGCCACCGGAUGUUCAGAUUUUAAUUUAAUAGUCCAGAACCUGGAAGCCGAAAAUUACAAUAUUGAAUCUGCAAUAAUUGCCAUGCUUCAGAUGAACCAAGGGAAAAGAAAUAGUGCAGAGGAGAGCCUUGAAAACCUUGAGCCUAGUGGCCGAUCACUGAAGCUGAGUGGCCUGUUAUGGGAGGAGGGUGGCAGCGGCUCCAGAAUCUUUGGAAAUCAGGGCUUAAAUGAAGGCAAGACUGAAAACAAUAAGGCACAGGCUAUCCCCUGUGAAGAAAACAAAGCAAAUAAAAACCAGCUCCCAAAGGUUCGAGACCACCUUUCUACCAAGAUUCUUCCGCUGCUGCUGGUGCUGUCCAUGGACCCCACUGAACAGUGA